AUGGAGUCCAACGAAGAUAUGAACUCAAUCCAAAAAUACUGCUUUCAGUUUGCUGACUAUGACCAAAUACAGAACCAAUGUUACAACUACACCUAUUUAAUAGAUGUUGUUGGAAAGUUGGUAGUAGUUGGAAAUGUUGAAGAGCCUCAAGUUAAUGGUGCACCAAGAAAACUGCGCAAUCUGCAAUUGCUUUUGAAAGAGGGAAAAGAAAUUAGGCUUUCACUAUGGGGAACAAGUGUCUGGCAAAUCGAUGAAGAUGUAUAUAAGAACAAUCCAGGACCUUUUGUCUUAAUUGCAACUUCGACUAUUGUCAAAUCAUUUGGAGGCAAAUUCUCUUUAUCAUCAACCAGUGCAACAAAAGUAUAUCUAAAUCUUGAGAUUCCUGAGGUUGCUGAAAUAAUUGACAGAUACAGGAUUCAAAUUGAAGUCUUUGAUUCAAUUGACAAGACAACUUUUGUCAUAUUUGAUCGAGAUGCUGAGAAAAUCCUAAAUAAAUCUGCGAAAGAUCUUGCUGAAAAACAAACAGAGAUUGAUAUUGAAGAAGGAAUCCCACGUGAUCUUAAGAAAAUUUUAGGAAGACAAUACAUUUUUCUACUUCGCUUGAAUGAAUUCAAUCUGAAUGAUGGUUCGGUGGGAACAUCAAACUUCAAAGGGUACUGCCAAUUGAGAAGAGAAGAGAUUGCUGGCAGAUACAGGAUUCAAAUUGAAGUCUUUGAUUCAACUGACAAGACAACUUUUGUCAUAUUUGAUCGAGAUGCUGAGAAAAUCCUAAAUAAAUCUGCGAAAGAUCUUGCUGAAAAACAAACAGAGAUACCUAUGCAAAAUCUUAGUGACAACAAAUUUGCCAGCACAAACUUUAUAAGAUCCAGCCAAGAAUCUUCCAGUGCCAUUUCAUCAAUGAUCAACACAAAUGGUGCAACAAAAGGAGAAAAUGAUAACAGCUCACAAAUUGAACAAAUAAGGAUAGACAAAACUUCAAACAUUGAAGAUGAAGAAACAUAUGAUGAUAACAUACCCCUUAACAUGCUUUACAAGCGUUGA